AAAAAACCACUCACCGUGUUCCGCUCAUAAAGUCUUCAAUUCCCUCUCUCUCUAUCUUCUCUUUCUGAAUUUCCAAAAUCAGAUCAAAUCCUAAUUGUCCAAAUUCACAUCGUUUUCAUCCAAAUCAUAUCUAUUUGAUCUCUUAAUUCAUAAUUGCUAUUCGAUCUUUAUUUAUUUCUUACUGGAUCCUCAGGAAAAAAAUUGAUAGGCAUUUUGGGGUAGGGAACUAUAAAACUUGCUUUUAAUCGAAUGGCGUGUGUAAAAGGGGUGAAUAGAUCGGCGUCAGUGGCGCUGGCACCGGACGCGCCGUACAUGGCGGCUGGCACGAUGUCUGGGGCCGUGGAUCUAUCCUUCAGUUCAUCAGCGAAUCUCGAUAUCUUCAAGUUUGAUUUCCAGAGUGAAGAUCUCGAGCUUCCCCUUGUAGGCGAGUGCCCUAGUUCAGAGCGCUUUAACCGCCUAGCUUGGGGCAAGAACGGGUCCGGUUCAGAUGAGUUUUCGCUUGGGCUCAUUGCUGGUGGCCUCGUUGAUGGUAGCAUCGAUCUUUGGAAUCCCUUAAACCUGAUCCGUUCUGAGGAAAAUGAACAAGCUCUUGUUGGACAUCUUUCAAAGCACAAAGGACCUGUUCGUGGUCUUGAGUUCAAUGCAAUUGCUCCAAACUUAUUAGCAUCUGGGGCAGAUGAUGGUGAAAUUUGCAUCUGGGAUUUGGCAGCACCAGCACAACCCUCUCAUUUUCCGCCUCUUAAGGGUAGCGGUUCUGCCACUCAGGGUGAAAUCUCAUUUCUCUCUUGGAAUAGCAAGGUUCAACACAUAUUGGCAUCAACUUCAUAUAAUGGAACAACCGUUGUUUGGGACUUGAAGAAGCAAAAACCAGUGAUAAGUUUUGCAGAUUCCAUAAGAAGACGAAGCUCUGUUUUGCAGUGGCAUCCUGAUGUUGCUACACAACUUGUUGUUGCAUCUGAUGAAGAUGGCUCACCUGCGCUUAGGCUUUGGGACAUGCGAAAUAUAAUGUCACCAGUGAAGGAAUUUGUAGGGCACACAAAAGGUGUAAUUGCAAUGGCAUGGUGUCCCUCAGACAGCUCUUAUUUACUCACAUGUUCCAAAGACAAUCGAACUAUUUGUUGGGAUACAGUUACUGGAGAGAUUGUCUGUGAGUUGCCUGCUGGCACCAACUGGAACUUUGAUGUGCACUGGUAUUCAAAGAUACCAGGAAUAAUAUCAGCAUCUUCAUUUGAUGGAAAAAUAGGGAUUUACAAUAUUGAGGGUUGUAGUCGAUAUGGUGUUGGGGAGGGUGAUUUUGGUGCAGUGUCAUUGAGAGCUCCAAAAUGGUAUAAACGUCCUGUUGGGGCAUCUUUUGGUUUUGGAGGAAAACUUGUAUCUUUUCGCCCUCGGUUAUCUGGUUUAGGUAGUUCUGCAUCAUCAGAGGUGUUUUUGCAUAACUUAGAUGCUGAAGAAAGGCUGGUCGUCCGUUCAUCUGAAUUUGAAUCAGUGAUACAGAACGGGGAGAGGUCUUCACUAAGGGUUUUAUGUGAAAAGAAGGCCCAAGAGUCUGAAUCUCUGGAUGAUCGGGAAACUUGGGGCUUUCUAGAAGUGAUGUUUGAAGAUGACGGGACAGCUAGGGCAAAGUUGCUCACACAUCUUGGUUUUAGUCUACCUGAAGAAAAAGAUACUGUACAAGAUGACCUUUCUCAGGCUGUAAAUGAUGUUACGCUUGAGGAUAAGGUGAGCUAUGAGGGUGAGAAAGUGGCUGCCCCAUUUGCAGUUGAUAAUGGGGAAGAUUUCUUCGACAAUCUUCCAAGUCCCAAAGCUGAUACCCCUGUUUCAACUUCUGAAAAUAAUUUUUCUGUUGAGAGCACUGUUCCUAGCACAGAUUUAAUACCUCAAGAAACAGACAGACUGGAGGAAAGUUCAGAUCCAUCAUUUGAUGAUGCUGUACAAUGUGCGUUGGUGGUUGGUGACUAUAAGGGAGCAGUUGCUCAGUGCAUUGCUGCAAAUAAAAUGGCUGAUGCUUUAGUUAUUGCUCAUGUUGGUGGUCCCUCCUUAUGGUCAAACACAUGUGAUCAGUAUCUUAAGAUGAGCCAUUCGCCAUACAUGAAGGUUGUCUCUGCAAUGGUGAACAAUGAUCUCAUGAGCCUUGUCAACACCAGACCUUUGAAAUUCUGGAAAGAAACGUUAGCGCUCCUCUGUACAUUUGCACAGGGGGAGGAGUGGACUGUACUCUGUGAUACGCUUGCUUCAAAACUAAUGGUCAAUGGGAAUACUCUGGCAGCAACUCUAUGUUACAUAUGUGCAGGAAAUAUUGAUAAGACAAUAGAGAUUUGGUCAAGGUGCCUGUCAACUGCAUAUGAUGGGAAAUCUUAUGUCGAUCUUCUCCAGGAUUUGAUGGAAAAGACCAUUGUCCUUGCUUUGGCAACUGGCCAGAAGCGAUUUAGUGCAUCCCUUUGCAAGCUCGUUGAGAAAUAUGCUGAAAUUUUGGCAAGUCAAGGGCUUUUAACAACAGCAAUGGAAUACUUAAAAUUGUUGGGUUCUGAUGAGCUGUCACCUGAACUAGUGAUCUUAAAAGAUCGUAUUGCGCUCUCUACAGAACCUGUGAAAGAAGCUAAAUCUGCUGGUUUUGAGAACUCUCAUCCAGGUGGACCAGUCUUUGAGCCUUCACAACAUUUAUAUCAGGAUUCAGCUGCAUCACAGAUUCAGCCAAGUGUUCCUGGCAGUUCUUAUAACGAAAAUUAUCAGCCUUCUUAUUCUACAUAUGGAGGAUAUGCUCCUCCUCCCUCAUAUGUAUCUCAAACACCUCCGGCCAGUGCCAACAUGUUUGUUCCAACCCAACCUCCCCAUAUUUCUCAGAAAAAUUUUGCUCCUUCACCCGAGAUCACUCAGCCUACUGUUAGACCCUUUGUUCCUUCAAAUCCUCCUGUUCUAAGAAAUGCUGAUCAAUACCAGCAGCCAACUACCUUGGGUUCUCAGUUAUAUCCUGGUGCUGCAAAUCCUACCUAUCCUGCUCCCCCUGCGGCUGGUUCAUUUGCACCUGUCCCAUCACAAGUGGGAUCAGUUCCUGGCCCCCACAUGCCACAAGUUGCGGUUCCCACCCCAGCACCUAGGGGUUUUAUGCCAGUUACGAACACACCCGUUCAAAGACCUGGUAUGGGCCCAAUGCAACCUACCAGCACUACACAGUCAGCACCUAUACAGCCACCUGCAGCACCUGCUGCUGCUCCACCAACAGUGCAGACCGCUGAUACAUCAAAUGUACCUGCCCACCAAAAAUCUGUAAUAACUACCUUAACUAGACUUUUUAAUGAGACAUCUCAAGCACUUGGAGGUGCACGUGCAAACCCAGCGAAGAAGCGUGAAAUAGAAGACAAUUCAAAGAAAAUUGGUGCCUUAUUUGCUAAACUCAACAGUGGAGACAUUUCAAAAAAUGCUUCUGAUAAACUUAUUCAGCUCUGCCAGGCUUUGGACAAGGAUGAUUUUGGUACGGCUCUGCAAAUCCAGGUUCUUCUUACUACAAGUGAGUGGGAUGAGUGCAACUUUUGGCUUGCAACUCUCAAGCGAAUGAUUAAGACGAGGCAGAACGUAAGAUAAGUUACGAAAAUGCACAAAAUCAAAGAGGGCGGAUUCCAAAGUCUCAGUUAUUUUCCCUCAUGCGGUCUCACACUUGGGGCACUUAUAAAUCCUUUGAAUGGCUCUCCACUUCUGUUUGCUGCCUGCAGGGUUUUGGUUAAUUUGGUCCAUUAGAUGCUUCCUGCUAAAGUACUUGCCUGCAGUUAGUGGAAUUAGUUUUCAGGACAUAAUGUUGAUUGUUUUCCAUUAGACAUUUUUUAGUAUGGAGAAAGUAGAGUUGGUUCAUUUA